AUGAUGCAACCAGAGGGUAGCAAUCAAGAGUUUGACUCUAAAUAUAGGGAGAAUUCUUUCACGUACGAUGUUAAGCGAGAUGUGUACAAUGAGGAGACCUUUCAACAGGAACACAGAAGGAAGUCCGCUUCCUCUGGGAACAUGGACAUCGACAUCACCACCUUCAGACACCACGUCCAGUGCCGCUGCUCAUGGCACAAGUUCCUAAGAUGCAUGCUUACGAUCUUUCCCUUCCUAGAAUGGAUGUGUAUGUAUCGAUUCAAGGACUGGCUUCUUGGAGACUUACUUGCUGGUAUGAGUGUUGGCCUUGUGCAAGUUCCCCAAGUCCUGACAUUCAGUUUGCUGGCAAGGCAAUUGAUUCCACCUCUCAAUGUCUCAUACGCAGCUUUCUGUUCUUCAAUACUUUAUGUGAUUUUUGGAUCAUGUCAUCAAAUGUCUAUUGGACCCUUCUUCCUUUUGAGCACGCUGGUGAUCAAUGUCCUGAAGCAGCACCCAUUCAACAGUGGCCACCUGAUGCUGGGGUCUUUCAUCAAACAGGACUUUUCCAACCCCUCCUUCUUCACGGCGUAUAACAGAUCCUUGAGUGUGGUGGCAUCCACAACAUUUCUGACUGGGGUUAUUCAGCUGUCAAUGGGCAUGUUAGGUUUCGGCUUUGUGACCACAUACCUUCCAGAGGCUGCAAUCAGUGCUUACCUGGCUGCCACGGCGAUACACAUCAUACAGUCCCAGCUGACCUGCAUCUUCGGGAUUAUGAUUCAAUUCCACAGUGGUCCUAUCUCCUUCUUCUAUAACUUAGUUAACUACUGUAUGUCUCUCCCAAAAGCUAAUUCCACCAGCAUCCUACUCUUUCUAACUGCUGUUGUCACUCUGAGAAUCAACAAGUGCAUCAGAAUUUCCUUCAAUCAGUACCCCAUUGAGUUUCCCAUGGAAGCUUUUCUGGUCCUUGGCUUCAGUGCAUUUGCAAACCAGAUAAAUAUGGCCACAGAAACCAGCAAGAUGCUCAUUGAUAUGAUUCCUUAUAGUUUCCUGUAUCCUGUAACGCCAGACUUUGACAUUCUUCAGGAGAUUAUUUUAGAAGCCUUCUUCUUAGCUUUGGUGAGCUCCUCACUGCUCCUAUUCCUGGGCAAGAAGAUUGCCAGUUUCCAUAACUACAAUGUCAAUUCCAACCAGGACUUAAUAGUCAUCGGGCUUUGCAAUGUCGUCAGCUCGUUUUUCAGAUCUUGUGUGGUUACUGGUGCUGUCGUCAGCACCAUUAUCCAGGAUAAAACUGGAGGAAGACAACAGUUUGCAUCUCUGGUAGGAGCAGGUGUGAUGCUGCUCCUGAUGAUGAAGGUGGAAGACUUUUUCUACGAACUGCCAAAUGCUGUGCUGGCCGGUAUUAUUGUGAGCAACAUCCUACCCUACCUUGAAACCAUUUACUAUCUCCCCAACCUGUGGAGGCAGAGCCAGUGUGACUGUACUAUUUGGAUGGUGACAUUCACAUCUGCAAUUUUCCUGGGACUGGACAUCGGACUACUUGUUUCCAUAGCUUUUGCCUUCUUCUUGAUCACUGUUCAGUCACACAGAACUAAGAUUCUCCUCCUGGGUCAGAUCCCUAACACCAACAUUUACAGAAGCAUCAAUGACUAUCGGGAGAUCGUGGCCAUUCCUGGGGUGAAAAUCUUCCAGUGUUGCAACUCCAUCACGUUUGUAAACGUGCACCACCUGAAGCACAAGCUGUUGGAAGAGAUGGAGAUGGUAAGGGUGCUGCUUACAGAAGAAGAAGUGUUCGGCCUGUUUCAUGGAAGUGAAGACGGCUCACCGGAAGGCAAGAUUUGUCGGUGCUUCUGCAACUGUGAUGAGCUGGAGCCACCACCCAGGGUUGUUUACACAGAACGGUUUGAAAGUAAACGGUCCUACGAUGGAUCCUCCAUUAACCUGAUCCGCUGCACACGUUUGGACAGCAGGAAUACGAGCCAAACUUCAUCUGAUGAGCAAGUACCGUACAUAGCAUCUUCCACGUUUCAGAGAAAUCAAGAGCAAAAUGAUGAGGAUGUGGAGAGAAUGUGGCUUUCUAAAAACCUCUCUAGAGACAGAGCAAUGCCACUUCCUGCUGCUGCUGCUGCUGAAAGCCAGGUCAGGAGCAGGUCAGCCAUCCCUUAUUCAGAAUCAUCUCUUCUACCCACCACCCACACAGUCAUCCUGGAUUUCUCCAUGGUGCAUUUUGUGGAUUCAUGGGCUUCAGUCAUAUUAAGACAGAUGUGCAACGCCUUCCAGAACGCCAACAUUCUGGUGCUCAUUGCAGGGAGUCACUCCUCUGUGGUCAAGGCCUUUGAGAGGAACAACUUCUUUGAUGCUGGCAUCACCAAGGCCCAACUGUUCCUCACUCUCCAUGACGCUGUGCUGUUUGCCUUAUCACGGAAGUUUCCAGAGUCCUCCGAGUUAAGUGCAGAUGAAUCUGAGACAGUGAUACAGGAAACCUACUCAGAAACAGAAAAGGAUAUAAAUUCAAAACAUAAAACAAACAGCAGUAUCCUAGAAAUCCCCUCAAAUAUGAGACAUGGCUUCACCAAGAUCCAAGAGCCAAUAACAGAGGAGGAGUCAGAGCUAGACAUGGAGCUGGAGCCCACGCUGGAGUCGGAACAACAGAUGGACCUGGAUCAUGAGAUGGAGCCUGAGUCAGAGCUGCAAACUGAGUCCGAGCUUGAGCUUGAGCCUGAGCUUGAGCCUGAGCCCAAGACCAGAUCCAAGUCAAUGACUCACAAUUACCCUCCACAGAAGUACUGGCCUCCCAGCUCCCUGAGUCACACUCAGCCUAGGACAUGGUCAGCGGACAGGAGGAGUCCACAUAUGAAUUCAUAUUCAUUUAAGGGCAAUGACUCUGACUACCUCUAG